CUAGCGGUAGCUUCCUUAGAUACCAGAUCCGAACUGGAGGAGGUUGGUGGUAGCAUCGCUAUUUAAUACCAACACCAAGGCAUUGGUUUUUUUAAAGAUGGAGUACCUUGGUCAAACCCAAACAGCAACCUAUUUGACCGGCCCUCGCCUUGGUCCAUACACUCAGUUACCUACAAUUGGAAAUGUGCAAAGUACUUUCAAGACAACUGAUACCUACCCAGCUCCAUCCCCCAUGAGAAGGUCACUGACAACCUUACCAUGGAGGCCAAGCACAUACUACCAGUCUGGAAAGAUGAAUCCUUCCAUAGCAGUAACAAAAAGUCUAGCAGAACCCAUUUCACAAAGGAGUCAGCUCACUGCAUUAGAUGAUAUGAAGGUCCCACCUGUUUUUGCAGCAGCAAGAAAUGCUCUGUACACACGAUUCACCCCCAAUGACUGGUUGGCUUCUAACCAAAGCAACUAUCUUGCUUCAGAUAGGGUCAGAAGUGGGGCUGAACGUCUUCGUUUGGAUACUGUCCGCUUAUGCAGGGAAACAGAUGACAAAACAAAACGAUCACAAAGUGAGGUUGGAAAACGACUUGGGGAGCGUAUUGGGGACAUCAAUUUUUGGAAGAAUGAGCUCACACAUGAGACAGAUAACCUGAUCACAGAGACCAAUCAGCUUCAAGAGGCAAAGAGAGUUCUGGAGAAGUUUUUAGCAGAGACUGAGAAUCCCUUACAUCUUGCUCAAGAAUGCCUGUACCACAGAGAGAAGAGACAGUCGAUUGAUCUUGUCCAUGAUAAUCCUGAGAAGGCUCUGAUUAAGGAAGUUGAUGUCAUUAAAAGAUGCCAAGAAAAAAUGAGAAACAUGGUUGAUAAAGCUAAUGUUCAACUAAGCUUGAACCGAGCAUCCCAGCAUGAACUUGAGAAAGAUUCAAGUGACAAGUUCAUUGCCGAGCACCUGGACAAUGCUUGCCAUGGCCUGAGGAACACAAGCAGGGGGUUGUCCUACCAUGAUGGUGUACACAGGGUUGAUAACAGCUUAUCUGUGCCAGAAACCUGGGCUAAAUUUAGUAACAACAACAUCCAGAGGUCACAGGCUGAAAGGGCUGCUACCAAGAACAUGAGGAAUGAGAUAGAAUCUGUGAUUAACGCUUGCAACAAUGAAAUGUGGCAAGAGUGGAAUGCUGUCAAUGUGGCAUUAAACCAGCGAGCCCAAGAGACAACUGAUGCCAGAAACAGGAUUCAAACUCACCUGUCCAAAGUGCUGCAAGAAACUUUUGAAAUGGAGAAGAAUAUUGAAUUACUUAAGAAAGCCAUUCAAGACAAAGAGGCACCAAUGCAGGUUGCACAAACCAGGCUGGACACUCGCCUGCGGAGACCUAAUGUGGAGCUUUGUCGGGAUCCUGUGCAACACAGACUUGUGGAGGAAGUCUAUGAGAUCACUGACUCAGUGGAUAGCCUUCAGCACAAGCUAAGGGAGGCCCAGAAUGCUUUGAAUGCUCUGAAUCUCACAAAAGCCACACUUGAACAGGAUCUAAGCAUUAAGAACAACAGCCUGUUCAUUGAUCGUGAAAAGUGUUUGGCCAUGAGGAAGACAUUUCCCAUGGCUCCACGCAUCGUGUCAGUUUAAUGGCUGUUAAACAGAUACGCACUCAUUUUUACAUUUUGACUGUUUUUUAAAUUUAAAAAAAAAUUGGUGUCAUUUUUAAUGUAAAUUUUAAUAGUUUUGCGCAAUUUACAAUAACAUGAGGAGAAAAUGUAAAACUUAAAUGUUUAAAGACAUCUACAUUCAUCUGUGAUAUUUUUGGCAAUUAAAAUUUUUUGUUUUGAUUCCAAAACUUUUUUUUUACAAAAAUUAUGAAAGUGUUAUUUAACAAUGAUAAAAUUUUGCUAAAUUGUUUUGCCAUUUUACUUUAAUAUUUAAAAUCUAUUUUUGUCUGCAUGUGUGGCCUUCAUUGCUGGUUUAUUUCAUGGGAAUAUAUAUAUCUAUUAUUAGCAACCAUAAUAGAAUGUUCUUGUUACUGCUUCUUUUGUUAACAGAAACCAAUAGUUAUCAUUUUUAAAAAUGUUAACAGUAUUAUUUAUACUUUGUACAGUCUAUAUAAUUAAAUUAUUACCUAAAUUUCAGAAGUUAUAUAUGCCAAACUGUACACAUUUUUUAGCUUUUUAUAUAAAGUAAAGCCAAGCAUUAUUUUAAAAAUAUUCGCUUACAUUAUCAUAACACAGGUUAACCAUCUUUUUUUAAAAUCAUAAUUGAAGUUAAUCAGUUGAUUGAAAAAAUUCAAAUUAUUUUUUAAUUAAAUUCUUUUUCUAAUACUUUUCAAACUGGUUUAGGUUGUGUAAGAUAUUUUAUUACUUAAAACUAAGAAGCAUUUUACCAUUAUAGUACACUAGUUCAUGGUUUGAUUCUGCGUUUGGAAUUGUUUUAGAAAAAUCAUUGUAGUUUUAUUUUUUAAAUUCAAUUUUUUUAUUUUUCAAUGGAAAAAAUUUGCUCCUGUACAAUACAUUUGUUAUUUUUUUCCAAGGCUAGUGUAAGCUUUUUUUGCUGGAAGCUUAAAAUAUCAGUAUUACUAUACAUGUUCAUUUCUAUGUCUUUUAAAUACAGCUGUUGUCUACAACUUAUCCUUCUACACAUUUGAUCUUUUUAAUGAAAUUGAAUAAUUAUAACUUAUGCAUUUCUAAAUCACACAUUUUUGCACUGUAGUUUUUUUAAUUUUUGAAAUGUAGCCAUAUGUAAAACAUUUACAGGAUGAAAAUGUUAAUCUUGAGUUUAAAUUUUUAGUGUUCAUCAACUCACUAUAACAGUGGAAAAAUGAUGGAACAAUUACAUCUAUACUAGCAGCUGUAUAGGACGUUCACCCAUGAAGGUGGCUUAGUUUAAUCAUCCAAAAAAAAAAUAAUUCUGACAGCUGAGUCACCUUGCCUGUAAGACUAAACUUGGUUUAGCUCUGUUUAUCAUUGAUGUAGAUGUCUGACAUUAUUUCAGAUGCUUUCAGACACACUUUCGUAUAGUACCAUAACUUUGGAUACUGUUGGAGUUGUGGAUAAAAUUAGAUAUGCUCCGUAUGCUGCCAGACAGCUUCAGAUAAACAUAUAAACAGCCAGGAAAAGCUAAUUAUUUCAGAAAAUUAUUUGUGCUACAUAUCAAAAAAUAUUUGGUCUUUGAAACACAUUUAAAAAAAAAACUAUUAAUUAAAAGAAAUGCACACUUUUUGUUCCAUCAUUUUCAACUAUAAUUAUUGAUCAGUUUAAUUGUAUUUAUUAAUAACACUCUUUUACAGACUUAAAAGCAGUUUCAAAUCUCAAAAGAAAACAUUUUCACGAUUUCAAGAUUGAAAUAAACUUUUUAUAAACAAUAGAAUAUUAUGUUGUAUUUUUUAGAAUGUGAAGGCAGUGUGAUCAAUU